UUGUUGGUUAAUUAUUUCAUUUGACUUCGCGAUUCGCGAAGCGCACGUAUUUUGUCCUUUGGAAAAUAUUACUUUUGCCCAAGUUAAUGCAAACCGAAAUGAAAAUAAAUUAAUUAUUUGCUUUUCUGGCCAAACACAAGCCAAGAUGUCGUCUAAAUUUCAUCAGGCCGCUAAUGUUACGGCUCAAAACCAGCUUGUACAAUGGAUCAACGAAGCUGGUAUGAGCGAAGGUGGCAAAAAAACUGCCCUGUUGAGGAAGAUUAUAGAGCUACUGCUCCAUUCUGCCUCACAAAUGAUACCGGUCUACAUGGAGAAUAUCUUGAGUUACGUUAACGAUAAGUCUACUGACGUGAAGAAACAAGUUAUUACAUUUAUUGAAGAAAUGAGCAAACUACAUCCCGAGUAUCUACCAAAAGUGAUUGGUCAACUUCGGCUACUUGUAGCGGACACCGUAAUCGCAGUGCAGAAGCGAGCCAUCCAGGCCGCUAGUAUAGUCUACAGAAACACGCUGCUGUGGAUAUGCAAGACCGAUGCGGAGAUGUCCGAAAUGCAGUACGUCUGGGAUAACCUUACACAACUAAAGCUCAUGGUCCUGAACAUGAUCGACAGUGAUAACGAAGGUAUCAGGACUCACUCCAUCAAGUUCCUGGAGGAGGUGGUCUUGCUGCAGAGCCCUGGUGAGGGCACGGAGGAUGACUUCAGCCUCGAGAGCUUCCCGGCCACUCUGCCUUUUAUAAAUAGAAAAGCUAUUGAAGAAGAAUCAGAACAUAUUUUUGACCUGCUAGUCAAGUUCCACAAUUCUCAACAUAUUUCUAGCGUGAAUUUGAUGGCUUGUAUGACAACACUAUGUCUACUGGCCAAAUUCAGGCCCAAAUACAUGCCACGAGUCAUACAAGCUCUAGGCGAUCUGCACACGACCCUGCCGCCCACACUCUCACAGUCACAAGUUAACUCAGUCAGAAAACACCUGAAGAUGUUACUCAUUAACAUAAUAAAACAUCCCUCUUCAAACGAAAUGAUGCCCCAACUCACUCAACUGUUGGUUGAUAUAGGCAUGACCACUCAGGAAAUAAACAAGGUUAUACCUAAAGAACGAAGAAACAAACGCGUAGGUGAAUUGAAAUCUGGAGAAAUUCCAUCUAAAAGAUUCAGGGUAGAUUCCCCACAAAGCGUCAGUCAGGGAAGCGACAGCAAUAGCAAUAGUCGCAGCGACUUUAACAUGUUCGAAGAGGACAGCAGUCAAGGUGCACAAAAACCAGCAGUCACUGAAGACACUAUCUACGAGGGACUAAACAACGUUGAGAAUGUCGUCAAUCUCGUUACGACUACAUUAGUCAAUCAACUACCGGUCGACAUGCCUGCUAAUUUCGUUACGGCUUAUAAGCCUAUACCGAAUUCGGGUAGCAAAGUUCAAAAGAAACAUUUGGCUAAAAUGAUGCUGGCGCUUAUAAAAGACGAGGCGGUCAUUCCAGUGCCCCCGCCAUCCCAACCCACGCUGUCAGACUUGGCUGCGAAGAUUCCGCUGCUCAGAGAUGACGAGGAAAAGACCACCCUCAAAAACGCAGUGGCAAAGUUACAAGAAUCCACAAAAGCGGAUAGACAAAUGGAGAGUGCCGUUUCUAAACUCAUGGAGGAAACACGACAAGAGCAUCUGAAGGAGGAAGAGAGAAAAGCCAAAGAAAAGGAAAAACCUGUUCCUCCACCCACACCGUCAGUCCCGAAGCUCAAGCAAAAGGUCAAAUUGUUGAAACUGCAGGAAAUAACCCGUCCUAUCCCCAAAGAAAUAAAGGAGAGAUUAAUGAUACAGGCUGUGAACAGAAUUUUGCACGCAGAAAAGGAGAGCGCGAUAGGCGGCGCGGCGCAAAUAAGGGCGAAAUUCAUAACGAUUUUUGCGUCAAGUUACACGCCAGAAAUAAGGGAAUUGGUUCUGAAUUACAUAUUGGAAGAUCCUGCAAAUAGAAUAGAGUUAGCAUUAUCUUGGUUGUACGAGGAGUAUGCUUUUAUGCAGGGCUUCAAUCGUCAUCCAGUGACGUUGCAGCCGAAAUUACACGAGAAGCACGAUCAGAAUUAUAAUCAGUUGCUAUGCGCACUAAUCACUCAAAUAUCAGAGAGAGGGGAUCCUACUAUGGAGAAUAGCAAGGAUGUACUGCUCAGAAAAAUAUACGCGGAAGCACCUGUGAUAACGAGUGAAGCUGUGGACUACCUCAAACAUUUGGUUAGCGAGGACAAAGUGGCGUUCCUAGCGCUUGAAAUAUUGGAGGAGUUGUGCAUAAUGAGGCCGCCACGCUCGCAUAAGUUCAUGAAUUCUUUGGUUUGCCAUGUUUUGAACGAAAACAUCGAGAUCCGAGACGCAACUCUAAAAGCGGUCGUGAAGAUUUACCAAUGCGGUACAGAGGCAGCCAAGAAAGUCAUUGAGAAGCAUGCUCUCCUAUACCUCGGGUUUAUUUCGUUGUCCAGUCCGCCUCCCGAGCUGGUGUCUGCAAGGCACCAUGGUCUGAGGGUGCCGUGGAACGAUGAGAUGGUGAAGGUCUGCCUAAGUUUAGUCAUGGCUCUGUUCCCGUAUAAUGAGGAACUAAUAAUAGAAGUGGCUCGCGUAUACGGUUGCGCGGGCUCGGAAGCCAAACGCGUAGUACUACGAGUGGUGGAGGGUCCGGUACGGGCGGCUCUCGCGACGCCGAAUCCUGAUGGCGGGGACUCCGCCCUACGUCCCGCCUUCAGAGGGCUAUUAGACGAGUGUCCCAGAGGAGCUGAGACCCUGUUGACCAGGCUCGUGCAUAUAUUCACGGAGAAAUGUAAGUUUAACAUCUUGACAAAUAAUAGAAGCGAAGGCCCUGUGCGGGCGAAUCUCGCGACGCCAUAUCCUGAUGGCGGGGACUCCGCCCUACGUCCCGCCUUCAGAGGACUGUUGGACGAGUGUCCCAGAGGAGCUGAGACCCUGUUGACCAGGCUCGUGCAUAUAUUCACGGAGAAAACGGCGCCGAGCGCGGAGCUAGUGUCGCGUGUACGAGAACUAUACGCGACUCGAGUGUCGGACGUGCGUUUCCUCAUCCCCGUCCUCACCGGACUCUCCAAGAAGGAGAUAUUAGCAGCUUUACCAAAACUAAUAAAAUUGAACCCGGUUGUCGUGAAAGAAGUCUUCAACAAGUUGCUUGGCUUGCAAAACCCUAAUGAAGAGUCACCUGUCGACCCAGUGGAACUGAUGAUCGCUCUCCACCUGAUUGAUCCGAGCAAAGCCGAUCUGAAGUACAUUAUCAAGGCCACUGCCUUAUGUUUCGGCGAGAAACAGACUUACACACAAGAUCGAAUUAUGCCGCUCGUGCUGAAUUUCCUGCAGCUGCUGGUGGAGAAGGAGGUGUGGCUGAACAAAGUGGCGUGGGAGGGCUGGGUGAAGUGCUGCGAGCGUUUACUGCCGCAAGCGUGCUUCUUGUUAGUGUCGCUGCCGGCGCGCGCGCUGCAGGCCGCGUCGCCCGCGCUAUUGGCCGCGUUACGCGCACACGCGGCGGGCCUGUCGCCGGCCGAGCGCGCGUUAUUGCCGCCGCAUGUUGCGAGGUUGGAGCAUGCUCCCACACUCCUGCUGCCGCAAGCGUGCUUCUUGUUAGUGUCGCUGCCGGCGCGCGCGCUGCAGGCCGCGUCGCCCGCGCUACUGGCCGCGUUACGCGCUCACGCUGCGGGCCUGUCGCCGGCCGAGCGCGCGUUAUUGCCGCCGCAUGUUGCGAGGUUGGAGCAUUCUUUCACAAGCGUGCUUUCUCAAGCAUGCUUUCACAUGCGUGCUUCCACACUCCUGCUGCCGCAAGCGUGCUUCUUACUGGUAUCGCUGCCGGCGCGCGCGCUGCAGGGCGCGUUGCGCGCGCACGCUGCGGGCCUGUCGCCAGCAGAGCGGGCGCUACUGUCGCCUCAUGUUGCCAGGUUGGAGGUAAGCACGACCACCCCAUCAUCACAGACACUCUCCCACCAUAGACAACUGAGUGACGUGGGCGUGAGAAACUACUCAGCUACGUGGAAGAUCACUCAAUAG